ACACAGGGAAAGCAGCAGCAGGCACGGCAGCGUUAAGAUCCCAGCUCGGUUUGUUCGGCUUUAGCCCCUUUCUUCGUAAAGUGUUUGUCUACACAGAGUGCUUUUUUCCAACUGCGCGCGUACCAUGACCGAACAAUCAGCAUUACUUCUUCGAAAACAACUGGCAGAGCUCAAUAAGAACCCCGUGGAGGGCUUUUCAGCUGGUCUGAUAGAUGAUGAUGACAUAUAUAAAUGGGAAGUUGUGAUCAUUGGUCCACAAGAUACCCUUUUUGAAGGAGGGUUUUUUAAAGCAUACCUAACCUUUCCCUAUGAUUAUCCACUGCGGCCGCCAAAGAUGAAGUUCAUCACUGAAAUCUGGCAUCCAAAUGUUGCAAAGAACGGCGAUGUUUGCAUCUCAAUUCUGCACGAGCCAGGAGAAGAUAAGUUUGGUUAUGAAAAGCCUGAGGAGCGCUGGCUUCCGAUUCACACAGUAGAGACAAUCAUGAUUAGCGUUAUCUCCAUGCUCGCAGACCCCAACAGCGAUUCACCAGCUAAUGUGGAUGCUGCAAAAGAGUGGAGGGAGGACCCUAAUGGAGAAUUUAAGAGGAAGGUGGCUCGCUGUGUAAGAAAAAGUCAAGAGAUGGCAUUUGAUUAGGAGUCAGCUGUAAAUUCCAGGUUAAAGGAAAUGCCUUCAGAGGGAAAAAUUCAGCAAAAGGCUUUUGCACCCCUUGUUUUGCCAGUCAAAGGAAUUGGUUGGCUUCAACCACGUUUUUUGUGAACGGUUGUCAAUUUCCGCCAGACGAACCAAUUUGAGAAACCUACCAGCAAAAUUAACCUGUUUCUUACCUGGAAUUGUAUAUUUAAUUUAAUUUAUUUUGAAAAAAAAAAUAAUGAUGUAAGAUAUGUCACUACUGUAAAUUAACUUGCUUUUUUUAUCUGCUGCUGAACAGUUUCUACUUUAUACCAGGUUUCUUAUGCAAUUUAGUGGUCAAGAUUGUGUAAAGCAAAACGAAAGCCUGUCAUUAGGUCAUCACUUGUCCUCCCUGCUGCAUUCUGAAAUAGAUUAAUGUCAGCCCUGUCCGUAGAUGUGAUUAUUUUCAACACUGUCAUUGAAUCACUGUUGCCUUCUGUUGGCUUCACGUCUUCACAGUUUGCCUGUCGUUUAGAGGGACAGGUUGAGAACUACUUAUGUUCUUUACAUUUUCUGAGAAAAAGCCUUCUGUUAGCAUUUUCUUUUAGCAUCAGUGCAUCUAAGAGUUUCAAAACCAUGACUCUCAACCUGCAUGAUCCCCUCAAACAGCUCUGUUAUGUAUUGUUUUUAGCUGUGGAUGCAAAUGGAAUGGCUUACUCAGCAACUUGAGAGUUAUUGUUUUAUUAAUAUUAGACUCACACAAGCAUAGCUUAUGGUAACAGGAGGUUAGUGCCAACUUCUCAGGAUCAUACUUUACUAGGGUCUCGAUUAACAAGCGGUAAGAUCAGCUUAAUGCUCCAGAUUGUUCAAUUUAACAUGUCUUUCCUCCCCUGUCAACAAAGAAGUCUGAUACUUAUCACUUAAUCUAAGCUAUUGAAAAUCCCGGACAAGCAAAUGCAGACUGUGAAAAUAGCCUAAGCUGUGAUUAUUCUGCAUGUGGACUGGUUAACUGGCGUCUGAGCUUACCUCAGUUUAAACAGAUAGCAUAUUUGACCAGGUUUGUGGUUGAGUUCUUAAUCUGUUGGGGAACACGGGGGAUUUUAAAGGCUCCAUUGUAGAGUUAGGCUAGUUAUUCUUACUUUGUCUGUCGUGGCACAUUUGGCUUCCAAUUAGUGCUUCAUAUUCACUCGCAGGCUUAGACUCUUCAGGACUUUGGCUAGUAUGUUGGAUAGUGCUCUUCUGUGAACAUCUUGAGUUCUGAUUGGUACAUACAUCAUUAGCAUAUUUAUCACCUUUACACAAUUACUAAAUCUGGGUUGUGAUCCUUGACAGAGACUUAACUCACCACUUAGGAAAGAAUAAUUAAGUGGGGACUGAACACAAUCCUGCAUUUAGGUUUUAUUUUUACAAACACACACAGGCGUGUUUGGGUGGAGUCUGGAAACCAUUGGCUUUUGUUCACCUCAUCGAUGUUGUUGCUGAAUAUUAAGCCAUGAUGACGUGAAAUUUGUAUAACGUAUUGAUCUGUGACUGACACUGAAACAUAGCUAUAUCCAUCUUUUGGCGCAUGCAAUCAGGUUUGAGGGCGUUGGGGUGAGUUUAAAUAGGAUACCAUUGGUAGUACAUUCUGGGUGAAUGUGACAUGUACAGUUGGUAGAUUUCUGUAGACUUGAUAAUCACAUAACUGCUGUUGACAUUACCUUUUUAAGUCUGAAUUUUCUAACCUACCAUGACCUCCUCUGACCGGUGUUCACUGUAUUUGCACAGAUUCAGUGCGUUUGAAAUGUCAUUAAGCAAUAUGCUCUGAAAAUGGUGUGUCCAGGUAAUCCACCCUAACACCAUUCUUUUUUUUUUCUUUUUUUUUCUUUUGUUAGUAUGUUUUUUGUUUUUUUGUUUGUUUUUCCAUUUUGUGUCAAUGCAAUGUAUAUUGGACAUGAUGCUCAAUAAAGUGUGUAAACAGAA